AUGCCAAACGGACUGCCGCGCCUGCGGGCUCUCUUCACCAGUUGGGUGAGGAAUAGCGCGACGAGCAUGAAGGAGCAAUCAGUACAUAUGAGGAGGAAGCCCAUGCCAUGUAAUAAAUUUAUUCAGACGAGGCAGAUGACCCAAGGGGCAAGGAACAACGGCACUGCCAAGGCAGCGGCAGCCACAGGAGGGACGAUGCUACUCAUCUCCCCCAUCAUGUUUGAAGCAAAACACAAAGAGGAAGAAAACAACCCCAAAACAGAGUACAUAUUCAUGGCGGGAAAGACGAUUGACUUUUUAACUCAAAAAAUAUUUGAAAAUGAAUUUGGCACGUCCAUUCUUUACUUAACUUUCUUUGUUGCCUACCUGGCCCUGCUUGCACACGAUAAUAAAAUUAACCUCCUGGUGCACAAGCUGAAAUUUAAAUAUGCCAAUAAUAUGUUUAGCAUUGGCCACCCCAAUUAUUCGAAGUAUUUAAACAAGCUCAGGACCCCCCGGAAGGGUACCUAG